CUGGAACAGGAAGUGAUGCGUGUCUCUGUGUCCCUGCAGGAAGUGCCCCUGAUGACGAAGGCUCCUCCUCCUCCUCAGGUCUCCUCAUCUCAGCAGGUAAAGAGGAGCUGCCAUGUUGGCCUCCUCCAUUUCUUCCUCAGUCCUCCUCUUCCUCCUCCUCCUCCUCCUCCUCCCUCCUGCCUACCCUGCAGACGCCUCCAUGCAAUGGGUGAAGCUGGAGGGCUCCCCCCUCUCCCACCUGCUGCUGGACCCGAGGGCGGGGCAGCUGUUUGUUGGCGGAGUCGACCACCUGUAUCAGCUGACCUCUGACCUGGAGGUGAUGUCACAUGUUAAAACCGGCCCUCUCCUGGACUCUCCGGACUGCCUCCCACCAAUCGUUGCUCAGGACUGCCCCUCGGCCACGCCCACUCACAACCAUAACAAGCUGCUGCUUCUGGAGGCGGGGGCGGAGCCAGGGCCGGGGGCGGAGCCAGGGCCGGGGGCGGAGCCAGGAAGCCUGAUUGUCUGUGGUUCACUGUUCCAAGGAACCUGUGAGAAGCGGAGUCUGUCCAACAUCUCUCAGCUCAUCUAUCGGACCUCCAACCCCGUUGACACUCAGUAUGUCGCUGCCAAUGACCCUCGGAUUUCCACCGUCGCCGUGGUGAUAACCACCCGGAGCAAACAGGAAGCGGGCAUGCCCGGUGGCGAGCUGCGCCUCCUGAUGGUCGGUCGAGGCUACACCAGCCGGGGUCCUGGGGACAUCCCACCAAUCACAACGCGGCGCCUGCACCCGGUGGCUCCGCCCCGCAGAGCCUUCUCCCAGGAGGAGGAGCUCGGAAAACUCGUCGUGGGAAGUUACUCUGAAUACAACAACCACUUUGUGAAGGCUGUCGCCCAUGGCGACCACGUCUACUUCCUGUUCUCACGGCGGGACAUGAGGCACACGAAGGAGUACAGGACCUACGCCUCGCGGCUCUGCUCCUCCGACCGCAGCUUCUACUCCUACGUGGAGGUGCCGCUGCUGUGCCGCGGCGGCUACAACCUGGCUCAGGGGGCGUGGCUAGGAGACCUGUCAGGUACACCGGCGCUGUUUGUCGUCAUGGCAGCAGGGCAGGCGUCCACGCCCAUAGCAACGAGCCGCUCGGCGCUCUGUGUUUAUACGAUGAAGGACCUGGACGCCACGAUGCGGCGGGCGCAGGAAGUGUGCUACACGGAGGGAGGACUUGAUAGUAGUGGACAGGAAGAGGCCUACAUCGAGUACGCCGUGUCAUCCAAGUGUCUGAAACUCCCGAAGGAGUCUCUCUCUGACUACCCCUGUGGGGGGGAACACACCCCCAACCCCAUCGCCAGCGCCGUUCCCCUGGGAGUCCCGCCCACCGUCACGCUGAACACCCAGCUGACCUCCGUUACCGCGGCAACAGAGGCUGGACACACCAUCGCCUUCCUGGGAGAUCGAGACGGACGUCUGCACAAGGUGUUGGUGCGUCCUGAUAGGUCUGGCCAUCUGUACGGCAGCCUGUUGGUGGACGGGGGCGGAGCCAUCUGUGCCGACCUCCUAUUGGACGAGAGCCAGCAUCACGUUUAUGUUUUAACCGACGACCGGGUGUCCAAGGUUCCCGUGUCGUCCUGCGAGAGACAGACAGACUGUCUGUCCUGUCUGUCCAUCAGAGACCCGUACUGCGGUUGGUGUGUCCUGGAGGGACGGUGUUCCCGUAAACAUGAGUGUGAGCGCCACCUGCUGGAGAACCACUGGCUGUGGAGUAUUGAACAGACCAAUCAGUGUGUCACGGUGCAGAGCCUGCAGCCGGCCAAUCAGAGCAGAGAUGAGCAGACCCAGGUAACCAUGUCAGUCGUCCAGCUGCCUGUCCUCCAGGGGGCGGAGUCUCUGUCCUGCGUCUUCGGGAGCCUGCCACCCCAGCCGGCUGUUGUCAUGGGAACAGAACUCACCUGCCAGUCACCUGCGCCGGAGCUCCUCCCCCCCAUGCCGCCCGGAAGUGAUCACAUGGUCCUGCCCGUGUCUCUGAUGUUUGGUCACGUGACCGUCGCCAUGGGAAACAUGACCUUCUACGACUGCGGAGCCGUCAGCCGACUGAACCAGAGUUCCCAGUGUCUUUCCUGCGUCGGCUCCUUCUGGACCUGUAACUGGUGUCCUCUGGAUCAGAUCUGCACCCACAACCACAGCUGCCCCAGGAAGCUGGUCCUCAGCCACAACGACCCUCCUGGUCCCGCUUCCUGUCCUCUGGUCUCGUCUCUGAGAGGUUCUUCUUUAGUGCCCAUGGGCCUCAGCACCACUAUAGUUCUGGAGGGGCGGAACCUGGACGUCUACCAGGACGAAGCUCAGUACGUUUGUGUUGUUGAAGUUGAAGACGUGCAGCUGGACCUGACGGCUGCUGUGAGGAAAACUGAGGACAACACACACAUCUUCACCUGCAGCCCCCACCAGUUUCAGUAUCGCCUCAGCCAGCUGCAGUAUUCUGCUGCCAUCUACCUGCGCAGAGGACAGAGACGCAUUGAUGCAUCACCUGGACUCAGACUCCACCUGUAUGACUGCUCAGCCGGCCAAUCAGAUUGCUCGCAGUGCCGGGCGGUGCCUGAGGAGUACAGCUGUGUGUGGUGUCUUGGAAGCCCCGCCCCCAGAUGUGUUUACAGCCAAUCAUGCUCCGGCUUACCCGCAGACACCUGUCCGACGCCUCAGAUCACACAGGUGCAUCCUGUGACUGGACCCGUGGAGGGUGGAAUCCUGGUAACAAUCACAGGAUCCAACCUGGGCACCAGGUACCAGGACGUGGUGGGCGGAGUCAAGGUGGCAGACGUCCCAUGUGUGGCUCAGCCUGAAGGAUACCAGAUCUCCACCAGGGUCGUGUGUGAGCUGCAGAGCAGUGGGAGUUACCGGGUCGGGAAUGUCCAGGUUACCGUGGGAACCACUCCACCUGGCCGAUCAACCCAGAUGUUCACCUAUCAGAACCCUAAGCUGACCAGCCUGGUUCCAGAUAAAGGCCCGGUUUCUGGAGGAACCAAGCUGACCAUCAAAGGCCAACAGCUGCUGACCGGGCAAACCUCGGACCUGACCGCCUUCCUGGACCGGCAACCCUGCUUCAUUUUGAAUGAGGUGACUGAUUCCCAGUUUGUGUGCAAGACCAGUUCUAGUAAUUGGACCGGACCAGUUCCGGUUUGGGUCUUCUUUGGUAAAGCUAAUCGGACCAGUCCUGAGCUUACCUUUCGUUACCUGGACGACCCCGUCAUCACCAAAGCUACACCUGCAGAGAGUUUCUACGCGGGAGGGCGUGUCAUCAAGGUGACGGGCAGGAACCUGGACGUGGUGCAGGAGCCGGUGAUAUCUGUGUGGGUGGAGCCUCUGGAGGUGCAGAGAGUGAAACGGAGAAGGCGAUUGGCUCUCCUGACCGCCAGGCAGCACUUGGUCUUUAACGGCACCAUGACGACAGUGUCUGAGCGCUGCUCUGUCCUGUCGUCCUCUGAGAUCACAUGUCCGACCCCCGCGGUGCCCCCAGAGGUCAGAGUGAAGGGGGUGUGGUUUCAGCUGGACAACGUCCGGGUCCACUACGACAGCAUUGAGGGUAAGAGCUUCACCUAUUACCAGAACCCCCAGUUCUUUCCUCUGAACCGAGAUGCUCCGGACGCUCCGUACCGCUUCAAACCCGGCGGAGUGAUCGCUGUAGAGGGUCUGGACCUGACCAGAGCCAUGUCCAAGGAUGAAGUCCGGGCUCGGCUUGGAGAUCAAGACUGUGAGGUGAAGACUCUGGACCGAACCCACCUGUACUGCGAACCCCCGGAGAAUCAGCCUCUGAGCGUGGACGGCAGCAGCGAGCUGCCCAUGCUGAAGGUGUUCAUGGGGAAACUGCAGGCGGACCUGGGUCUGGUCCAGUACGACAGCGACUCGUUGCUAUCUCCCAUCCCGCUGGUGGCUCAGAUCAGUCUGGGUGCUGGAGCUGCUGUCAUCAUCUUGUCGGUGCUGAUCGUCAUCCUCAUGUACAGGAGGAAGAGUAAACAGGCUCUCCGAGAUUAUAAGAAGGUUCUGCUGCAGUUGGAAACUCUUGAGAUCAACGUGGGAGAUCAGUGUCGUAAGGAGUUCACGGACCUGAUGACAGAAAUGAUGGACCUCAGCAGCGACGUGGGAGGACCGGGUCUUCCUCUGCUCGACUACAAGACCUACGCAGAGAGGAUCUUCUUCCCCGGCCAGCAGACGGCGCUGCUGAGCCGGCAGUUGGACCUGCCGGAGUCCAGGAGGCCGACGGUGGAACAGGGCCUCCAGCAGCUCAACAACCUGCUCAACAACAGACUCUUCCUCACCAGGUUCAUCCACACGCUGGAGGCCCAGCAGGGCUUCUCCCAGCGGGACCGCGGCUACGUGGCCAGUCUGCUCACCAUCGCAUUGCACGACAAGCUGGAGUACUUCACUGAGGUCAUGAAGACGCUGCUGCAGGACCUGGUGCAGCAGUACGUCGCCAAGAACCCCAAACUAAUGCUGCGCCGGACGGAGACGGUUGUUGAGAAGAUGUUGACCAACUGGAUGUCCAUCUGCCUCUAUUCUUUCCUGAAGGAAGUGGCCGGGGAGCCGCUCUACAUGCUCUACCGGGCCAUAAAGUACCAGGUGGACAAGGGUCCGGUGGACGCUGUGACGGGGAAGGCCAAGCGGACGCUCAACGACAGCCAUCUGCUGCGAGAGGACAUCGAUUACUCUGCCAUGACUCUGAACGUCCUGGUGAAGAACGGAGUCGAGGUUCAGCCGUGUCCCAUUAAAGUUCUCGACACCGACACCAUCACCCAGGUGAAAGAUAAGAUCCUGGAUCAGGUCUACAGAGGAGCUCCGUUCUCUCAGAGACCAGCAGCUGACAGUCUGGACCUGGAGUGGCGUUCAGGUCAGGCAGGUCACCUGACUCUGUCAGACGAUGAUGUCACAGCAGUAGUUCACGGUCGCUGGAAAAGGCUCAACACGCUGCAGCAUUACAAGGUUCCAGAUGGUGCCACAGUCGCACUGAUCCCUCGAUUUCUCAGUUCAGGGGUCAACCAGGUGUUUCAAACCGGAGAAAGUAAGAACCAACAUACCUCAGCCACCAGAAUCACACAGGAAAUCUGUUGACAACCCGAAGCCUUGACCACAACCCAGACUGUUGACCACAACCCAGACUGUUGACCACAACCCAGACCGUUGACCACAACCCAGACUGUUGACCACAACCCAGACCGUUGACCACAACCCAGACUGUUGACCACAACCCAAGCCGU